AGGCGGCUUGGUGAUCCCCAAUGAAACCCCCCUCCUUCUCCUCCUUCGCCGAAUCGACCGCUGCGGGACGGUGACGGUUAGAGCAAGGUCCUGAGACGCGCACGGAUCACACAGUGUGCCACCCAACCCAGCGAACUACGAAUCCCCUCGGAGGAAUAAAUGCGCAGCGAUCGGACGGUGGUAAGCGGGGCGUCUCGAGGGGUUGGAUGUCGAGGAAUGCAAGGCGCGGCGCGGCGAUGCAAGGCGGUAGUGGGCUGGCGGUUCGGAGCGACUGUAAUCCGUCGAGGAGGCAGAAGCGACGGGGAGGCGAGGAUGCAAUGUUCAGACGAGUAACUACCGGUGGAGUACGAUCCAGGCUUCUACGUGCAAGCAACGUCACUCGGUCAGCGGUAUAUAACUUUUGUGUUUGUUUGUUUUUUGUUUUUGUGUUUUGUUUUUUUUGUUGUGUCCCCACCCUCAUCCAUCUUGAAUCAGGAGGCGGCGGCGGUUGGAGGAGGAGGGGAGUGGGAAGAACAAGAACAGGGAGGCAUUGCAUGGGUUUACGAGACUGUGCAGUGUGCGUACCAAGGUUAUGCUAUGUACGACACUCUACAACGGACCAGAGGAGUCCAACAAGAUGCUUGGGUAUUUCGAUGCUGUGGAGGGACACGGGGAACGAACGUCGGGAGGGGAGGUAUGAGGUAUGAGGUGCGAGGUAUUCGUGAUGAAUUGCGGGGGAGGGUGAGGUUCGGUGGUGGUGGGAAUAUGUACUCUGUGGUGAUAUUAGGAGAGGUAGCGAGCGUGGGACCACAGUGAGGCUGGAGCGCUCAAGGGGAGAGAAAGUAAGAAGCAGAAAGAAGAAAGAGGGAGUGGUAGUAGCAGUUGGCAGCAACUACUCUAGUUC